CAGAGUCUAUCCUAAGAUGGACCAGCGAGGUCAAAAUGAGCAUGCUCGAAGGGGCAGAGGCAGAGUCAUCCUCGUACAAAUCAGAAAGUUUCGGAGAAGGAGACCAAAAUGAAAAUGUGGUGGGAUUAGAGGAAGACGUGGAUCUGCUGCUUCGCAGAGUGAAUUCUAAUGGGGAACUACACAGCUAUUUGAUCACAGGGAUGACUGGUAUUGGGAAGACAGCUCUUGUAAGAAAAGUGUACAACCAUGCAGGCGUCGUUGAUCAAUUCGAUAGGCGUGUUUGGGUAUGUUGUUUUACUAACUUUAGUCAUAAAAAAAUAUUGAUGAAGAUAAUAGAGCAGCUGGUAGAUUGUGAGGAAUUUAAAAGGGAUUCUUUAUUGGAGAAAAUGGAGCGUGCAGACAAUUUUUGUGUGGGGGAGAUGCUGCGCAAACAUCUCGAGGGAAUGCGAUAUUUGAUAGUUCUUGAUGACUUUGCCAAGGAAAUGUGCUUGGGAUAUAUCUUGGAAUUUCUUCCAUUUGAAGUUAAAGGAAGUAGGUUGCUUCUCACGAGUCGAUUUGCCUAUAAAGAUGUGAAGAUCGGUUAUACUCAUUGGGUGAAAACUUUGGAUCCUCGUAAGAGCUGGCAAUUGCUUUUGAAAACUAUACCAAGUGAGCUAAAAUUCCCAAAGAACUUGGAGAAAAUGGGGAGAGACAUGUUGAGGAAAUGUGACGGUCUACCAUUAGCUAUAAUCGAGGUGGGCAAACAGUUAGCAAAAAGGAGACCAUUGACAGAGAGUGAAUGGGAGGAAGCUCUUGAAUCAAAUGAUUUGGGCGUAAUACUGCCGUUAUUUGAGUCCAGUUAUCAAAAAUUGGAUCCAGAAUCCAAGCCAUGCUUCUUGCAUAUGGCCUUCUUUAAGCAAUAUACAAGUAUUAGGACAGGGAAGUUGGAACAUGUUUCGGCUAUAGUAAGAAAGGUCUCAGAAAACCAAAUUAGAUCACAUAUGAGUAUCUUAGCUCAGGAAAAUUUUGUUGAAGUCGAGGACAAGAAGAAUUGUCGCAUCCAUGCUAUACUACACAUGUUAUCCAUCAAAAAAGCAGAGGAGGAAAUAGGUCUUGAGAUCCUAAGGAGCAGUGGAAAUAAUCGACCCUUUGAGAGUCCUCGUCAUCACCGUGUUAUCAUUUGUAGCAGAGACAAGUUCAACUUCUCCACGGAUCAAGAUAAACAUCUUGUUUCUCUCUUCUUCCAUGGAGGUGGCUUGUUCGACACUAGUCCCUCUUAUUGGAAGAGCUUUGAACUACUUAAGAUACUUGAUUGGGAAGAUUUUGGGCUGAAGAAUUUGCCAGAAAGUAGCAUUGACACAAUGAUGGGAUUAAGAUACUUGGGAUUGAGAAACAAUUACAUACAAAAGCUCCCACUCGCGUUGGGGAGCUUGAAAGAGCUUGAGGUUCUUGAUAUAGCUCUCAACUUUAUGGUGGAGGUGCCAGAUAUUAUAUGGGAAAUGUGUAGCCUUCGUCACCUCUACAUGUCUGAUGUGAUUGGCCGAGAGCCUUUGAAGAUUGACACGCUGGAGAAUCUGGAGACCUUAACCUACAUCUCAUUUGAUAAUUGGACUUGUGAUCUCUCGUGCAAGGAAAAGAUGAGCCGUAUCAACAAACUGGGCAUUGAAGAAAUUGAUGAAAACUCGGAUGUAAGCAAGCUCUUUGCAUCAUUGGUUGAGCUGAAGAAUCUUGAAACCCUAAUCUUAAGAGGGUUUCGUUUCAGAAGCAUGCCUUGUUUGGACAACCUUGGUAUUCUACGAAGUAUUCGUACACUCAAACUAGAAGGGAUUCUUCCCAUGUUACCAAGUGCCUCUAAUUUCCCUCGAUUACUCGAAUCAUUUACGUUGGUUAAUAGCUGUCUUGAUGAAGACCCCAUGCCAAUACUAGCCGCGAGGUUACCUGUCCUUAGGCACCUCAAAUUGCGGAAUGCAUACACUGGUGAAGAAAUGGUGAUCUCGAAAUACAUGAAUCACCUCGAGGUCUUGUGCAUGGAAGACCUGUGGAAUGUGAGAGAAUUUGAAGUUGGAAAAGGUAGGCUGUCAAAUCUCAAGAAUUUAGAGAUCAAGAAUUGUCCAUACUUGGAGACGCUUCCGGAAGAGAUUGGGGAGAUGAGAAAGUUGGAGGAGUUAAAGAUGGUGACAACCAAAACCAUUGCAACAAAGAUCAGAAACUCAGACUUAAUCUCCGAAAUAAGGCAGCGGUCUUCUGAUUUUCGGUUGCAUUUGAAUAGUGAUAAUUAAGAGUUACCUGUUUAUUAAAGACAUAAUUCGGCAUUGAUCAUUGUCAUUAUAACUUGUAUUA